AUGAGUCGCCAUGACAAGAGAGAUAAUGAGGGCACUGCCUCGUCAUCUGCUGGAUCCAGCUGUCUGAUGAAGGGCAAUGUGAUGUUCUAUGAGGAGGACCUGAUUGAGAGCGGCAUAGACGUGACUGACGCCUCAGUGUAUUCUGGGAUUUGCACUGAGAUUUUUAAGGAGGAAUCUGUGAUUCAUCAGAGGAAAGUCUACAGCUUCAUUCAUCUGAGCAUUCAGGAGUUUCUCGCUGCUUUCUAUCUGAUGAAGGGCAAUGUGAUGUUCUAUGAGGAGGACCUGAUUGAGAGUGGCAUAGACAUCACUGAUGCCUCAGUUUUUUCUGGCUGUAAUCUCACUGCUCAGGAUUGUGAAACUGUGUCAUCAGCUCUACAAUCCUCAAACUAUGUCCUGAGAGAGCUGGAUCUGAGUAACGAUGACCUGCAGGAUUCAGGAGUGAAGCUGCUCUCUGAUGGACUUAAGAGUCCAAACUGUCAGCUGCAGAUACUGAGGUUGUCUGGCUGUAUGGUGACAGAGGAAGGCUGUGGUUAUUUGUCUUCAGCUCUGAGUUUAAACCCCUCACACCUGAGAGAGCUGGAUCUGAGCUACAAUCACCCAGGACCAUCAGGAGUCCAGCUGCUCAAACACAAACUGGAGGAUCUAAACUAUAAACUGCAGAUACUCAAUUUAAAACAUGGAGGGCAUUUCAGGAUCACACCAACACUGUGGAAAUACGCCUGUGAUCUCACACUGGAUCCAAACACAGCACACACUAAACUCAUCCUGUCUGAGGAGAACAGAAAAAUAACAUGUGUGAAAGAUUAUCAGCCGUAUCCUGAUCAUCCAGAGAGAUUUGAGAACUAUGAGCAGGUUCUGUGUGGAGAGAGUCUGACUGGACGCUGUUACUGGGAGGUUGAAUGGAGCGGCUGGGCUCACAUUGCAGUGGCAUAUAAAGGAAUCAGCAGGAAAGGUGGGAGCGACUGUCGGUUUGGACUCAAUGAUAAGUCAUGGAGUGUUUACUGUUGUGAUACAAUUUAUACUGCUUGGCACAAUAAUAAGAGGACAAACAUUCCUCUCCAUUCAUCAUCUAAUAGAGUAGGAGUGUAUGUGGACUGGUCUGCCGGCACUCUGUCCUUCUACAGCAUCUCUGACACACACACACUCACACACUUACACACAUUCAACACCACAUUCACUGAACCCCUCUAUGCUGGAUUUAGACUUUAUCCUGAUUCUUCUGUGUUUCUGUCAAAUUUAACAACCUCCUGUGAUGAAAUGCAAUGA